AUGCAUCCGGAGCCCGCCCCGCCCCCGCCCAGCAGCAGCAGCCCCGCGCUUCCCCUCGCCAGCGGCGGCCGCGGCAGCUCUCCCCCGACCAGCGGCAGCAGCCGGAGCCGCCGUCGCAGCGGGGACGCCGCCGAGCCGCCCGGGGCCGCCCCGUCGCCGCCGCCGCCGCCGCUGCCCGGGGCUGCUGUCUCGUACCCGGAGUGGGUGGGCCACAGCUACCAGGAGGUGAUGAGCCUCAACGAGCACUCCAUGCAGGCGCUGUCCUGGCGCAAGCUCUACCUGAGCCGGGCCAAGCUCAAAGCCUCCAGCCGGACGUCGGCGCUGCUCUCGGGCUUCGCCAUGGUGGCCAUGGUGGAGGUGCAGCUGGACGCCAGCCACGACUACCCGCCGGGGCUGCUCAUCGCCUUCAGCGCGUGCACCACGGUGCUGGUGGCCGUGCACCUGUUCGCGCUCAUGAUCAGCACCUGCAUCUUGCCCAACAUCGAGGCGGUCAGCAACGUCCACAACCUCAACUCGGUCAAAGAGUCGCCCCACGAGCGCAUGCACCGGCACAUCGAGCUGGCCUGGGCCUUCUCCACCGUCAUCGGCACCCUGCUCUUCCUGGCUGAGGUGGUCCUGCUCUGCUGGGUCAAGUUCCUGCCCCUCAAGAAGCAGCCCGAGCAGCCCCAGUCCAGCCAGGCCCCUCCCCCGGCCGCGUCCUCCAACGCCAGCUUCACCCCCGGCCAGGAGGCGGCCAUCGCCUCCACCACCAUCAUGGUGCCUUUCGGCCUGGUCUUCAUCGUCUUCGCGGUCCACUUUUACCGUUCGCUGGUCAGCCACAAGACCGACAGGCAGUUCCAGGAGCUGAACGAGCUGGCCGAGUUUGCCCGGCUGCAGGACCAGCUGGACCAUAGAGGGGAUCACCCGCUGACCCCUGGCAGCCAUUUUGCAUAAUGCCCUUCCUCUACCCCCCUGUCCCGGAGCUGGGGGGCAGGGAGGGGAGGACGGUGAGGACGGUUUGGGCUCCGAGGACGGAAACCUGUCCUGCCUUAAUAUUCUAAUUUGACCCCUCUCUCUGAUGCAUGAGCCUGGAGGACAGUGGGACCUGGGGCUUGUUGGGGGAGAAGAGGAGUUUUUGUUUUUAAAGCCUUGGCUUAGAAACUUUUCCCUCUUUUUUUCAGCCCUGCAUCCCCCUUCUGAUGGGGUAAGCACUGCAGGGCUAGAUCUGGGACAAUUCUCCCUCUGCCCCUUUUUUUCCUGACCAUCAUCCACAAAGUGCCAUCCAGAUUCCAUGCCCCUAGACCCUCCUUGUUGAGCAGUGAGAGAGUGUGUGUGUAUGUGUGUGUGUGUGUGUGUAUGUGUGUGUAUACACACAAAAUAUACACUUGAGGGAACUCAGCUCUGCGUGUCCAUGUUUGUUGGGCUGGGGCAGGCCAGUUUUCUCCAGAUAUUCUUCCCCUUUUCCAUUCUCUCUAUCUCUGCUUACUCACCUGCUUCUACCAGUGCCCAGCCCUAGGAGAAGUCUGUGUUUCUCUCAGAUCAUCCCUUGGUUUUCUCAGGCACAGGACAGAGUCCUGUGGGCUGAGAUGGUGGGACUAGUUCUCCGGCAAUGGGGGAAACUUCUUAGUUAAGGAGGAAGGGGUUUGAAAGCCUGGUACAGGGGCCGCAGAGCUGGAUUUUGACUAGAGGAGACCAGGGUUCUCAUCCCAGCUCUGCUAACUCAGGAGGGAUCUUCUGCUGCCUUUCUGGGCCUCAGUUUCCCUAUCUGUAAAAUAUGAAGGGUUUGGACUAAGGUCCUUUCCAGCUCUAAUAUUUGAUACCCUCUGUCUCAUCUCUCUGAGCAGUAGCCAGCCUCCCAGAGCCUUCCAAAGUGUUGGUGAUUUUAUACCUUUUUCUAUGGAAUGCACAUAUUUUACAAAGAGUCUAUUUUGAAAUAAACCCCAGUCUACAAAGUCAAA